AUGUCCUGCAUCCGCUCGACGCUCGACAUACGUUCCCCCUUUGCUUCCGCACCUAUUUUGCCUCCGCAUUUGCGAGAACCUGCUGCCGUCUUCAGACGCAUCCGUAUGGACUCUCUGCCAUCAUCCUCCACUUGGCCGACUUCGUCCGACGACGGCCCAUCGCUUGCCGCUCGUGCAUUCGCCAAUUUUGACUGGUCAUCGCCCACUGCGAUGCUUGAGUCGGAUAUUCAUACUUUUGCCACACCAACCACCCCAGAGAACAUGAUCUUCCCUAUUGACGACAUGCUCGAUCAGCCACCUCAGGGCCCAGCCCAGGCUCAGUAUCCUCGCACGGGCACCCUCGACAGCUGGGACGAGGCGCUCUCAGCCUAUACCCACGUUGACCAACUAACUUUCGACGAGCCAGACCUAGACAAUCAGGGCGGAAGCUUUUGCCUUUCAGACCCCAAUUCGUUUAGUGGCACCCCUUCGUCUUGGGAUGUCGGAUCGGGCAUUAGCAUUGAGCCCCCCUUGACUCCGGAUAGCCCCCCUUACCAUGGGGAUUCGUUUGGUGUCUCACCAGGACAGUUAGCUCCCUUCUCUCCCUCGAACCCCCUCGUCUCCUCUUUCCCAGGCGAGCACAUCUUUACUGUAGGCCAGCCCUCCCCAAUCCGCACCCGGCCCACUGGCCGAGUCCCAAUUCGGCGCACCAAUACCCACACGCAUUCGCACUCGUUCUCGUCCCAGCUCCGGGGAUCGACGAUCCAUUCGCCACAGCCGAGGCCGACCUUGCAUAUGCGCGCCAUGUCACACUCUGCGGCUAUGCAUUCUCGUCCCACUAACCUAACAAUGAGUCCCCGAACUCUGCGGAACAGUACUCUUGAUGCGGCCUUGGCCCAGCCCGAUAGCCAACUCCACUUCCACCAUGUCAUCGCCACCCCCUUUUCCUCCUCCGCUCCAUCCGACCCGGCGCCUAUUGCCGGCAACUUGCGGAGGUCCCUCACCCCCGGCGACGAGAAGACUCUGAGCGCUGGAGAAGACGAUGCUUCAUCGAACCGGAAGGCCUCCCCCGAGCAAUCUGCUGAUUUAGUCCCACCCACUCGAUCCCGGCUGAACCCGCCGAAACAGGCCCCUUCUACCUGGCAAAUUUUCUUUACCGAAUACCUCCAGAACUACAAGGCGACGAACCCCGAGCGUAAGCUCAACGUUUCGCAAGCUGCCAAAGAUGGUGGUGCUGCAUACAAGGCACUUAGUCCUCAGCAAAAGGAGAUCUACAAGCGCAAGGCUCGUCUUGCCAAGCAAGAGUACGACCGUGAACUCGCCGCAUGGCAGCGGAUGCUCACACCCGAGGAUAUUCGCGUGGAGAAUGCCUUCCGAUCCGCUCAACGCAAGGCGGGCAAGUCGCGCCGCUCGAACCUGAAGGAUCCUAAUGCACCGAAGAAGCCUCUCAGCGCAUAUUUCAUGUUCCUUCAGUGGAUCCGAGCCGACCCUGCCCGUAUUCAAGAUGUCUUUGGGGACGAGACCGAGACCACCCGUCAAAGUGUUCUGGCCGCCUCCAAGUGGCGUGAGCUUAGCGAUGCAGAGAAGAAGCCCUUCCUUGCCCAGGCCGAGCGUGAGAAGCUCGAAUACGAAGCCGCUCGCAAGGUCUAUGAGGAACGAACUUCCGGUAUCUCCAAGUCGAACCCCUACACUGGUGGAUUCAUGCAUAUGACCGGCACCACCGUUACUAGCAACAGUUGGGGAACUUCCGCCGACGCCGAGGUGGGCGGUCGCCGAGGAUCCUCAUCCAGUGGUAAACUCCCAGGCGGCGCAUCAUUCGGCGCGAUCAUGUUUAGCCCUACUUCCACUUACGAUGAGGAGGCCGUAGCCGAUGGUGACAUGGAAGACAUGUUGAACACAAUUCACUGGAAGUGA